AUGGAUCACCCACAACCUGUCCUGCCCUCUCAGAGAUAUUCCCCCGUAUCAGACUACGCAUACGAGACGGAUCACGAACUAAUGCCGAUGACACGACAGCCUCUUGGUGAAUCUACGGGCAACGUUCAACCACAUAAUCUCGCUGCUCUGGCGCUGUGUAAUCACUCCUUAUCACCACCUCUGCGUUCUAUACCAACACCACCUAUAGUCCCAACACAGGCUUUGACCUCGACCUAUGGGACAAGCCUUCGAGGCGGACGUUCUUUACACCGAGAUGUAUCAUUACGAGAGUCACCAAUGGGUUAUCCAAGGGGCAGCAAGAACCCCAUCUACGCUUAUAAGCACUUCGCCGAUUAUCGUAAUAAAGUAAUGCAAAAGGAGCUCGAGAAGGAACAACCGAUAUGGCCAUUAUGGUUGGAGGAUGCUUUCCUCGACGCUCUUCUUUUAAUCCCACAGAUGGGCCGGAAAAAGUUCAGCUCAAAGACUAUCCUAUACGGGCGGAAUAUGCUCAUUACAGAAUAUCUAUGGAUCUACCACUGGCUUCUACAUCCCCCACAGAAUGGAGAAUCCAUCCCAAACAGGCAGCUGAGGGAGAAGGAUGCAAACGGAAAACCUCAUCCUAUGUAUAGGGGACGAAAGCAAGUAUCGAGCCACAUCCAAGUUUUGAAGGGGUUCUUCGCAACCUUGGUAACUUUCCACUUUAUCUUUCCAAGUAAGAAAGAUGCCAAGGAAGAGGAUAGGAAAUUAAUAAGGGACGAUGACGACACGGAAUCCUUCAAGAAUAACCGAGUCCUCAUUUCUAUAGCGGAUGGCCGACUUCCCGAUGAACGGCCCAACUACGAAUAUUUCGCUCGCCUCCUAAGUGCCGAUAACGAUGUCUUCCUGCGACCAAAGCAAUGCUGGAUCUUCGUGUCAUCAUCUCAAGUCACCCUCAAAGAGAAGCAUGUCAAGAUGGAUGACGGCACUACGAAGAAGCAAGUCACAGGAUGUACACCCAGCGGACACUGGCUCGGGGAGUCAGACUACCCUCACCUCAAGCUCAACGAUGGUAAAGAUUACAAGGACCUGCCGCGAAACGGGGACCAGCCGACCGUACUUCUACACGAAUACACAAGGCCAUUGGCACAAAAGGAAUCAUCAUCUAUCAAGGACAUCUCCAACCGGUGGGAUGUUCAGUUCCCGGAGCUGAGGGAGAAGCUCCUUGCUGCACUUGACGACACGCACCCGUCGGAUGAGAGGACAUCACGCUGCGUGGUGGGACCUUGCGAUACUUUUCAAUUCGAAGUAACGCUAGAUCUACACGCAACAUCCAAGUUUCCCGAUGGAUCUGAGCUCAAUGGUAUGGUAGAGCUCUCGAUUAACCGACCUGAACUACAUAACCACAGCUGGAGAUCCGUGACUUCGGUUGUGAAGCCGGACGAGUUGCAUAUCUCCGGGUCGGAACCUGAUUUCUGGGACCGCAGCAACCCCGUCGAAGUCAUCGUCUCACACCGUGUCGGGUGUAACGGUGUAGGGCGAUGUGAUUGCGGAUCUCGUGGGACUCGCGAUACCAUCGGCGUUCCGUUCCCGGCUGCUAGCUGGGCGAAUACCUUUAUCAAAUUGGCACCGUACGUGACCGCGGAACGGGAGCGUCGAGAACGUCGAGGGCGCGAGCAGGACUUAAAUAGAGGAUCCCGGCCUUCUCGGGCAGAGCGUGAAAACGCAAGGAUGAAGAAGGAAGACAGCGCGUCAGAGAAGGACGGCGCCAAGAUGCCGACUCCUAAAGAACUCUUGUCCCAGGUGGCUAUGUAUCAAGAGAUUUGGUCUACGCCUAAUAACGGCCCUAGUAGCGACAGUGAGGGUGGGAAGCGCGGAUGGACGCGGCGUGCAGUCAUACUAUGGACUUUCGCCCCCGUACGCGACCACACGGAUGAGAAGGGAAAGACAACUACUAUUGCCGCCGGUACUAAUUGGAGGUUCCUAACCAAGGUUGACCCGACCUCGGAAUACCAUCAGCAGCGUGCAUACAUGACGAACUCCCCCUCCGUCUCCCGCGACAACGUCAUGUCGCCUAAUCCAGGCUACCAAGCCCACCUCAACGCUUCCAUGCACGAGAACCUGAGCGCGGCGUACGAUACUGCGCCUGUUCUGCCGUCAAAUACACUACCAAGCCAGCAUCACCAACACGCCCAACACGUUACACAUCAUCACAGCCAUCACCAUAAUCAUAAUCAUAUCCCUCCUGGCCUAGAUCUCCUAGAAGGCUUCGACAACGGCCUUGUCACACCUCCCCCCACAGCGUCAUUAACGGGUGGAUAUCCGCAUAGCUUCGAUGAUAACGGUAGCGUAGACUCAGCGCUUCAUCAUCAGUUAAGCUACAUAUCUGACAGCACAAGCGGCGCCGGUACCAACACUAUCCCUGCUGAAAUAACUGGUGGCAGCAGCCAUAACGGCAGCACCAGCGGCACAGAUGCCUUCCUAUCUGGCCUCGGUGUACCAGUAUCCUCUUACGACGAUAACUGGGCAGUUCCAGCACAAAGCAGCGGUCUAAGCCUCGAUACCACCGGCUGGGGCGUCGGCGUAAGCUGGGCCGAUCCAACGGGCGGUCUCACCAGCACAACUACGAGCGCAUCAGUAAGCGAACCGCUAUGGGCUAGUUCCCUCCCCGGCACCCUCAGCGGACAUAACUCGCGCGACACGAGCUUCAGCGGCGCGAGUACCUCGCACUGGGCUGAGGACAAAGAAGCCUCUCUAUGGGCGAGCAAGACAGAGCAUCCUCACCCUCAUUCUCAUUCUCAUCAGUACACCACCACGCAACAGCAUCAAGACCCGUGGGCGACGUGGCAGCCCACGGGCGCGGAGCAUUCCGCUUGGAACAUGGAUGCGCAGGACUUCGGGCUAGAUCUGGGAGUAGGGGCUACGAAUAGUGGCUCUGGGCUCGCACAUACGCAUAUGCGGUCGCACCCGCAGAUCGCCGGGCGUAAGCGCUCGCGCGCGGAUAGCGUCGAUGCCGGCGCGGAUGGGAGCGAUACUGUGUAUCCUGCGCACUCGAUGCGCAAGUUGUCGCAUCCGACUGCGCUUCCUGGUAGUCGUGGUCAGGGUCAUGGCCAGACGGGGCAGAACGCGCCUACGGCUGUAAUGGACGAUGGGCAGGGGUUCUUGUAG